AUGGAUGCUCUUCCCUCGUACCACGAAGCUACCACCAGAGUGGACUGGCUUGCUUUUGUAGCGCCGUAUAUUCAGUUUUCUGAACUAUCCUCUCUUUGUCUUGUGAGCCGUCGAUUCUGGAAGGCCUUGGCUCCCCUCCUCUGGGCGGAUCUAUUGACGGCCGCCAGACAGACCGGGCUUGACCCCUCUGAUCACGUUUCUUGGUGGUUAGACUUUGUAUUCAAUCGGCUCAGUAGCGUCAGGCCAGGAACUAGGCAACUCGUCCGCGUGCUGGACACCCGUGACUUUGCCAAGGAUGCAUAUGACUUUGCGCUGGACAGUACCUUUCAGCAGAGCUUGAGACAGGCGUUGGCCCUUUUGCCCAACGUUAACUGUCUGCUGCUUGAUGGCCACCAGGACGUCGCUCCCAGCACCCUCAUUGGCUCUGGCACCAAGGCGUUGCAACUGCUUAGCAUCUCUGGCUCCCCCUUUCAGCUUCCCAACGCAUUCUUUAGUCUUCCUGCUCUCCAGAGCUUAGUCUAUCUGGAUGUAUCUCAUGUACCGGGGUCUAUCUAUCCGCUCAUCCAGCCCGCUAUCCUGCCUGACUUGCGCAUUCUUAAGAUUCGCAAUCGAGAGCUUGACAAUACGACUCUAAAAGCAUUGACUGCUCUGUUUAGAUUGCGCCUCUGGAGCCUGGAUAUCGGCCACAAUAAAAUAUCAGAUGAUGUGGUGGAUACCAUAACCACGAAUUGUUUCCCCAUGACCAAAUUGCGCUCCUCCCAACAUUUCUACGUCGAGGGGAGACUGGUUGAAGGCGAGCACGGGUCAUACCACCUUGGCACAUCUGUCUUUGUUCAGGAUUCUUUGUGGAGCAGGACUUUUAGCCACCCAGAACGGUACUUGGUCGAUGCACCUACAUAUCAUGCACGUCCUGAUCGGAUUCAGCAGGAGGAUGAAGUGUUUCGAUCCGACGGGCGUACCUUGGGCCGACGGAACUCUGCCGAAGCCGCAAGUGCGACACUCUCAGGGGAACAGCUGGAUGCAGAUAGGUUCCGUUUCUCGCGCGGGUUGACUCACCUGGACGUGUCAAGCAGCCAAUUAUCGUGCUUUGGUCUUACCAAGUUGAUUCAAAUGUCCAACGGUCAGUUGGAGGACCUGGCUUGCGAUUCCAUCUUCAUGCUGCCGCCGUCGUCUCAAGCUUCAAGGUGCUGGCCAAAAUCUACCACCUUGUAUGGUGUCGUUGGUGUGGCACAUGUGUUCCGCCCAGUGUUCUCAUCCAACCUCCGUACGCUGAGGAUCCAUCACUCGCUUGUCACACACAUACCGACUCUGAAAUCUGAAGGACUCUCAUCGCUUUCAUCCAUCUAUCUUGCCGAGACUGAGAUUCUGCCCCGACUGGAAUUGGCAUACGGGCAAACCUUCAUCCCAGACAUGAACCCACGCCUCGCAUCAUUGACAUUGACCGGUCUCCCGCGGCGUUCCUCAGGUCCUCUGGUGGAUCGGCUGGUCACUUUCUUGAAGCUCUUAUCCGUUCAGGAGCGCGACAUUCAAGAUGUAGGCGCGGCACAGGUGAGAUCGUGGCGUGGGCCCACCGUCCUAAAGGGUUUGAGACAUCUCAGGCUUGAGUUCGAACCUGACCCGAUGCAGGAUGGGUUUUCCAGCCUGGAUGACCUCGACGCCGCGAAUUUGAUGAAUAGCGGGGAGAAAUGCUUCAGUUUCUUUGGACAUGAUGAUGAGCGGAGCCAGCCAAAGUCUCCAUCUCCUGUCACUGCAUAUGUGGAGGCGCAAGAGAGGUCUGAGUCGCAAGACACUGCGAAUUCCAGCACAGGUACCGGAGGCCCCCAGAAAUCGGUCCGAGAUGACCAAGAGUACAUCACCUACCGCAGCGAGUGGAAUGGGAAACACUUCUCGAUCCCGGUGUGGAUUGGCGAGGAUCCAAGCACUAACCAAGUCAUCCGUGAAUAUCGAAGGCUGGUGGUCGAACAGCAACUCAGGGAAGGCUUUGGGCCCGCGACGCCCGCGCAGGUCGCGGUCGGAGUGCCGCCGGACGCAUACGUCUUCCACGUUACCUGGUGCGUUGCCACCAUGCCUAAGCAGCUCGUCUCGCCGCCCAUCGAGUCCCUCUCCGGGAUGCGGGACGUCCUGGACGAUCUGAAGAGAUACCGCCUCGCGGGCAGAGAGAGGUACAUGGAGUUGAAGCGAGACACGCCCGCUGGGUCAGUCGUGCCGCUGGGGGAGCCGCAUUUCUUCUGGACUGGGAAGCUUCAGGUUUCGACAGAAGGUCCUGCGGCUCAGACGCGGCCGUCUCAGUACUGGCGUUGA